AUGAAUGUUGUGUCUUCGUCUCAGGUUUUUCAAGCUCUUCUUUCUCUCAAAGAGUCCAGGGAUUUUAAAUCAGCAGCAAAACAUCAUGAAUGGCUCUCGGCUAUGGAUGAUGAAAUUCAAGCUUUGAAGAACAAUCAUACAUGGAUUCUUGUCCAUCGUCUACAAAAUCAUAAUGUCGUUGGAUUUUCAAAACCAAACUCCACUCAGAUGGGUCUAUUGAGCGCCACAAGGCCCGUUUGGUCGCUCAGGGGUUUUCUCAGAUUCACGAUCUUGAUUUUGGAGAUACUUUUAGCCCUUUUGUGCCACCUGCCACUGUUCGACUUAUUUUAUCGUUGGCCAUUACGCUUGGAUGGAGUUUACACCAGAAGUGUAUAUGGAACAACCUCUGGGAUACAUCGAUCCACAAUUCCCUCAGCAUGUUUGUCGCCUGAAGCGAGCUCUUUAUGGUUUGAAACAAGCUCAUCGAGCUUGGUUUCAUCGGUUCAGCUCCUUUAUGAUUACCCUUGGUUUUAUGUCGAGUCAGAUUCCUCAUUGUUUGGUUACCACUCCUCACUUGGAAUGAUUUAUCUCCUUCAUUAUGUCGACGAUAUGGUUAUUACUGGCAAUAAUCCUUCCCUGGUUCAAAACCUCAUUUCUCGGCUCUUCAAGGAAUUCUCAAUGAAGGAUUUGGGUGAUCUUCAUUAUUUUCUCGGUGUUGAAGUUCAAUCUUAUGACAAAGGUUUAUUUCUAAGUCAAACAAAGUAUGUUCUUGAUCUCUUACAGCGUGCUUCGAUGAUUGAUGCAAAGCCUAUCUCUACACCUUUUGUUGUCGGUGCACAUCUCUCUGCCGAAGGACAAUUAUUUCCAGAUCCUACAUUUUGUUUCGCUCUCUUGCCGGUGUUCUUCAAUACUUGA